AUGGGUGAAUCAACCUCCAUCAAGUGUUUGUUCAAGUUCUGCGGUUAUGUGGUUGAACUAUUUGGUGAUCGAUACUUGAGAAGGGCGAAUGCUGAUGAUGUUCAACGUCUUCUUCAAAUGCAUAAUGAGAGGCACGACUUCCUUGGAAUGUUGGGCAGCCUUGAUUGCAUGCAUUGGGAAUGGAAAAACUGUCCAGUUGCUUGGAAAGGCCAGUUUACAAGAGGUCAUGGAUCACCAACAAUCAUGUUUGAAGUGGUCGCGUCUCAAGACUUGUGGAUAUGGCAUGCAUUCUUUGGUGUCACAGGUUCACGUAAUGAUAUUAAUGUGUUGUUUGAAUCUCCCAUAUUCAAUAACGUCUUGCAAGAAAAUGCCCCGGAGAUUAAUUUCACGGUCAAUGGGACUCAAUAUACAAAGGGAUAUUAUCUAACAGAUGGAAUAUAUCCGGAAUGGGCUACUUUCGUGAAGGCUUUUCGUUGCCCGGAAGAUCCCAAGAGGAGGUUGUUUAAGGAAAGACAAGAGGCUGCAAGAAAAGAUGUUGAACGAGCAUUUGGGGUGCUCUAA